AUGCCUGCGAAAGAACUGGAAAGCCCGUGCGUGGACUGUGGCGACGCUGAGUUCGUGGUGGAUGUCCGGUCCCGCCGCCUCUGCAAAUGGGAACUGAGGCAAUUGCUAAUAUGGGAUCCCACUUCUCAUAGGCCAUGUUAUGAACGAUAUGUGAGCCUUAAGGUCCUCCGGCGCAUCGAGAAUUACCGCCGCCCCAAAUCCGUGCCGAAAGGUCAACCGUAUAAGCUGUUGCUUCCCCUCUCGUUUGGCCUCUCUUCCUCUGUGAUGCUGCAUGCUAUGAAUGCUCAGUUGGAGCGUCAGCUUUCCAAACCAUACCCUAUGGUGGGCUUCGAGCUUCAUGUGCUGGUCAUCGAACCGUCGAGUAUCUCUCCCUCGAGCGCUUCCGCCGAACAGCGCUUCGGUCUUCUCCAAAAAAACUUCCCCAGACACUCGUACAAAAUGCUCCCGUUCCAUAGUAUUUACGAAUACGAACCAACUGUACAGGACAUUAUGACACAGUUUGCCGGAGAAGGGUUUGUGGAUGACGGUUCUUUAUCCCAUAAAGAGCGCCUGGACGCUUUCCGCGCGUCUAUCACAACGGCAACUGCGAAGGCCGAUGUCGACCAGAUCUUGUUGAACAGAUUGGUUGUCUCUUACGCGAAGGAACUGAAUUGUGAUGCGAUCUUAUGGGGUGAUUCGGACAGUCGCCUGGCCGCGAAGACCCUUGCCAAUGUCGCCAAGGGACGUGGCUCUGCGUUGACAUGGCAAGUUUCUGAUGGCAAAUCACCGUCAGGCCUCGAGUUUAAUUUCCCGCUGCGAGAUCUGUUCCAAGCAGAGCUGCACAGCUAUGCCAAUCUCAUUCCGGAACUUAUGGCUAUCAUCAUACCGGACGAGCCACCAUUAGAGAACACACUCACCAAGAACCUGUCAAUUGAUGAGCUGAUGAUGCGGUACGUCCAAACUCACGGCGAGAAAUACCCUGGUGUUAUGGCGAAUGUGACGAGGACUGCCAACAAGCUUCAACCGGCAGCAGUGUCUGCUGGGGCCCGGCGUUGCGCAUUCUGUGACGCUUUUAUGAGAGAUUCAGAAGAGCAAAGCGAGUUUUGCUAUGCCUGCGCUAGAUCUCGCCCCGAUUCAGCUUGUUGA